AUGGCGGUUGUUCAGACACAUUGCUUCAACUGGAUGGACCAUGAUGGUACCAGGUCCGAGACGCUCAACUUGGCCCUGUUGCGCCACAGCGACACGGGCAAUCUGCGAUACAGCGAUUACCGGCAGCGGCAGGAGGUAGUGGCUGAUAUCAGCAUGCGUCUGAAGAUUAUCAAGCGUGAGCUCGGCCUUCUGCCUCCGGAGGAAGAAGUGGAAUGGAACGAAAACAAGGGGCAACCGGAGGAUCUCUAUGUGAGAUUGGACGACGAAGAGAGCGAAGUUUUCUUGCAGAUCCAGGAACGACGAAAGAGGCUUUUCGCACUCAUGGAGCGUCCAAUUGAAGGCACUGACGAAAGCGAUGUGUACUACUACCCUGGCACGCCGGCAGACGAGAUGCAAAGGGAGGCCGCGGCUCCGUUUGCCCUUUUUGUGCAAUCGCUGCUUGUCCAAUUUGGCGAGACGUUUGUUUCGUACCUUGACGGCAGUGAGUUUUUGACCCUGUCAAAGCUUGUACAGCACAACGAGGCUCGUCGUGGUGAAGUGGAGGCCGCUGCCGAGGAGGCAGGCGUAUUGCUCCCGUCGGAAAGCGAAUUCGAUGUGACUUCUCUCCACGCCGCACUCGAAAAUCGUGAGCAGGCGCGGAUGAAGCUCGACGCCGUGCGGGCAGCAAGCGACCCGAGUUACGCAGCCAAGUUUGUUCGCGCGGAGGAGCGUGACAACAGCGGUCAGCCCAUCACGAACGUGUCGCCGGAAGACGGCACGGAGGCGCAGCUCUCCGCGAAGUUGACAGCGGCGAAGGCACAGUUGGAAUCCGUGCGAAUGGCGUACAACAGACGAGCGCAUGCCUCCGCGCGGCGCGUUCAGAAGGCCCUCGCCAACAGGGUUCCCCCGGUGGAGCUGUAG